AUGGCCCACGGACAUGAGGAUUGUGCGUCGGUGCUGGAGCAGUUCGUUCACGAUGUGGCGAACCUCCCAGCAGAAAUCAAUCACUUGAUGGAAGAGAUCCAGGCAAAGGAUAAACUCAUCCAGGAUUGCCGCGCGACGAUCAACUCCCGAGACAGCAGUUUACAAAAAUUCAUCAGGCUCAACGGCAGUCUGACGCCGAACCCCAAAGAAGAGCAGUACUCGAAGGCAAUCCUUCAGAAUCUGGACAAAGCACAGCAACUGCAAGACGAGAAGAUCCAGCUGAGCGAGAAGGCAUGUAUUCUGCUCGACCGGCAGAUCAAGAAACUGGACGUCAAGAUCCGCGACCUGCAGAACGACGGCGUGCUCUCGAACGACCCUCCGCUCCCCUCCCUCUUCAACAACAAGGACCAGUACCGUGACCCCCCCAGGAUCUUCUUCCCCGACGCAACGGCGGCCGAUUCCCCCUCCUCCGCCCUCCAUCCCACCUCCGGCAACGCAAACCUCCUCGCCCAACGCCUCAGCGCCUCGCUCGCCCGCUCCACAAGCGCCUCCGCCCUAGCCACGCAUCAUACCACCCGCAACUCGGCGCCCGCAACCCCCGCCGCCACGGCCCAUUUCCACCAGCGCCAGCGCGAAUCCUCCGCCGGCGCCGUCGAGAACAAGCGCCGCAGGCUCAAUGCUUCCUUGGGCACCCUCCCCGUUGCGUCCUCGAGCCUGCGGCAAUCCUCUCUCGGCCCCGGCACCCCCAAGGCAGGCACCCCCGCCUCCAGCCGAGCGGGCAGCGCAGGUCCCCGCUCGCAGCUCGCGAGCAAGAAGGCCGCCACCAAGAAGGUCGCGCCGCAUCAGCAACUGAAAAAGAUCAAGGCGCACGGCAAAGCGACGAAGCGGUCGUCCAGCGCCGGCGGGCGGGUCAAGCUUGCGACGAAGAAGUCGCCGUCUGCGGCGGGCGGCGACGAGGAUGAGGAUGACUCGAUGCUUAGCAGUGCGGAUGUCUCGGAUUCGAAUACCAGCGAUAGACGCAUGGAUGAGGAUGUCGAUGACGAGGAGGAGGAAGAGGAGGGGAACGAGGAUACCAAGGUCUACUGUACGUGUCGCAGCGUCAGCCAUGGAGACAUGGUUGCUUGCGAUAACGACAACUGUCCGUAUGAGUGGUUCCAUUGGAAAUGUGUUGGCUUGAUGCGGGAGCCUGUGGGGACUUGGUACUGCCCUCAUUGCAAGUCGAAUCUGGGGAAGUAG